CGUUCUCUGAACAACAAAUACACGUGCUUGUCUAUGGUGCUUGUACAUACAGUACAUAAGAGACAGCAUCCACACAUCCAUGCAGUAUUUUUGAAGACAUAUUGACAGACGCUAUACGCUUGUUGAAAGACUGUACUGAGAUUUAGGAGUCACAGUGUGAUGUGGUGGAAUGUGUGAAGCAACAGAAAAAAGAGAGGAAACUUCGGAGAGCAACUACUUGUUGACAGUAGCGACAUAAACGUCUUUGUCUCAGUUCUUGUUUUAAACACAGCCAAAAGACUACAAUGAAACCUCGGGACAUCUUAAAAGAGAAGAGCAUGUGGAUAUUUGGAUAUGGCUCCUUAGUGUGGAAACCUGAUUUUGCAUACAAGAAGAGCAAAAUCGGCUACAUUAGAGGAUACAAAAGACGCUUCUGGCAGGGAGAUGAUUUCUAUCGAGGGGACAAGGAAAAACCAGGCAGAGUGGUCACACUGGUGAAGGAUCAGGAGGCUUGCACAUGGGGAGUAGCCUAUGAAGUGGCUGACUCCCAGCUUGAUCAGUCCCUUCAGUACCUGAACAUGAGAGAGGUGGUGUUGGGGGGUUACAUGACAGAAGUGGUAGAGUUCAUCCCUCAAGAGAAGGGUCAGGAUAGCGUCCCCGCCCUUGUCUACAUUGCUACCUCGGACAACCCCACUUACCUCGGCCCAGCAUCGGACAAGGAAAUCGCCACCCAGAUUGCCAUCUGUAGAGGCAACAUGGGCAACAAUAUUGAAUACCUGGUCCGCCUGGCGGAGUUCAUGAGGGUUUACUGCCCUGACGUAGAGGACGAUCACCUCUUCUCUAUCGAGGCGGCUCUUUUGAACAUUUUCAAUGACUGCGGAGGGAUCAAAUCCCCAGACCAAAAAUCCCUCCUGGUGAGAGCUACAUAAAAGACUUCAUAAGGCACUCCACAUCAUAAAACUGUAAUGUUUUUAUACUGGAUGAAAGGGAAAUGAAGAUCUGCACCACUUGUGUAGGGGAAAUUUUUGCCUGAGGUAUUGUGUGCUUGAAAGAGGAAUAACUGAGUUGCUUUCAAGGAAAAUAUAAAAGUGGUGACAUAUUUGGUGGCUAAGAAUUUUUAGAUCAUAAUGUAACCUUACAGAGAUAUCUCAUUCUCCUCAUUACUUUUGACUUGCUCACUUGACAUAUUUUUUACUGUGAUUAUACACGCUGUACUACAUACAUACUGUAUACAAAUUCCAGAAGGAUGUGAUGCUUUUAAUAAUUCACUCACAAAUGACUUCUCUUUUUGAAUCCUAAUGAUGUUUUACACCUUUGUUGUAAAAGGGUGUCAAAAGCUACUGUAUACUGUGUAAAUUUUUGAAAUUUAUUUUAAU